UUUGCACGCCCUGACUUAGAGCAAGCUGUACCCACUAAUCCGUGGAGAAACGUUCGGUAAGGUAAAGCUGUAGUUGUUGGUUCUUACUCGGCACUACAGUGCAACGACUUAAAAACGGGUUACAUUUUUCGAAGAAUCAACCUUAAACUGAGCGUAAUUGUGUUUCAAUUUCCAUGCCGGGUGUAAAGUGCACAAUGGCUCUAAAUGACGUUAAGAGAAUCACAUUAAUAUGAGAGCGUUUCCACUGAGAUGGAUGGUGGUAUUUGCGAUGCGUGGUGGGCUAAUUGGAAAUUUCAUUGGAAGUAUUAGUCGGAAAAAAACCGCUUCCUGUAACUGCCUAUCGCACAGAUAAAUGGAGUAACCGAAAGGAGGGGGCACAGAGAACUUCCCACGGCGUCCAUCAGAUGGUCAGUGGACUCGAGUGGACUCCAGUGGACUUUUCGCUUCAGGAGCGCGCCACUCACGCGUGUUAUUAAUACCACGGACAACGACGGAGAGUAACCUACGUCUGCGAGACGGACUAAAAGGUGAACCAAUCCGCAACUUCAGCGGGGGGGGGGGCGCACGCCGGACCUGGAGCGCCGGGAUCGCUCGUCUGUGCGUCCAAGUCUCUCCCUAAAGGGCGGCCUGGAGGGUACGACCACUGAUGCUCAUAUGACUUUAGACGCUUUAGCGUUUUCCAACAGAGCAACAGACUUUAUGGGCUCAUAUUUUGGAGCGGCAGAAAGAAGAACAUAACGUUUUGUUCAUUGUGGAACCAAAGGGACGUGAUCCCACAGGCUCAAAGGUCUACACUUCAACUUCUUGGAGUCCCUCUCUCUCCCUCUCCCUCUCUCUCCACGGGAGCUAUGAGCGGACUGCGCAAGCACGUCACUGUCGCGCUGGUGCUGCUCAUGUGCGCGCUGACCGGUCACUGUGGCGAGAGCGCGCCUUCGGCGGCCCCGUCGUCCGCAGCCGCAGGCGGCGAGCACGUCACGCAGGACUUGAGGCGGAUGAUGGAGGUCGUGAGGAACGUGGCGCACGCCCGGAUCCGCCACAUCGCGAACACGAAAGCCCCUGAGACCCCGCGGACUGCGAGCUCUGCGCUGGAACCGAAGGAUUUACGCGACUUGAAAACAAACAGGAGAGACCAGGUUGUCGUGUUCCCAAGAGAUCUCAGGAAAAAGACGAAGGAGGAAUUCCUCGAACACCUAACAGGUCCACUUUACUUCAGUCCCAAGUGCAGGAAGGACAGGAACAGACUCUACCACCAAACCAGAGACUGCACAACACCUCGAAACUUCAACAGAUGUUCUCGGCUUCUCACAAGACUAGCCGGCAGCCGGCAGUGCACGGAGGGGUAUCACACGCAAGGUAGACGCAAACGUCCUCCAUAAAAAAAGUGCCUUGGAGAGAAGCCCCAAAAAACGUUGACCCGCCCUAACUGACAUUUAGGCACAGUACUGCCCAUCACUGACGUUUUUCUCCGCUAAGGCGUGGACUUAUUCCUCCCGCCUCUCUGGCGGCGACUCGAUGGACCGUCUGUCACCAAGAGGGACGCAAAUCAGCCAAUAAAACGAGAGGAAACGAGAGGCUGAGAGAAACAAACACGGGGCCUACUUUCCUGCUGGCAUCCAAAAAGAUUAAAAAAAAGGGAUUGCAUAUUUUUUAAUUUAGCUCAUUUCUUUGAGAAGAGAGCAAGAACCAAAUGUACCAUAUAUUUUUAUGACUAGCUUUCUGCGAUUAGUUCGGUCCAGAUGAGUGUUUUGUGUGCUCACACUGAGAAAGAACUGUGAUUAAAUUAUUCAUUGCAUGGACAUUUCUCUUGUGUCUUUGCAAUGUUUAAAAAAAAGGAAGAGCCAGUUGUAAUUGUAGCCCUCUUGGGAAUCUAAAAACUAUAUUUAUAUAUUUGAGUUGUAACACGGUUUCCCUGUACAGACUAUAGGCCAUUUAACACAAGAGAAAUAUGUAUAUACUGUAUAGCAUAGGAGAAAUCCACCUAUUUACUGUUAUCCCUAUAAAUUAUAAUACUGGUACAAAGGUACAUGAAUCGUCCUUGUUGUCUGCUGCAGUAUUUCUUUUACUUUCCUUGUUAAGAUGUGGAAUGUUCCAUUGAUUGAUCACAUGACUGGACCGAGUCCUGCGACUAUGGUUUACACUGCAGCUCAGCCUUGACAAAAAGAGGGAAAAGUUAUUUUUUUUAAAGGGCCGAAUCACCAACUUAAUUUCUCUCUUUCACUAGUGAAAUUUAGCUCAUAGUUCUAUUGGGAGAUUUGAGGUGCACCCUGUUGGUUUAGGCAAAGUUCUUUGUUUUUAUUUUCAUUUCAUUUAAUCAGAAAAGAGGGAAAGCUGCAGGGAAAUAUGCAUUUGUUUAAAACAAACCAGAGAGCACAUUUAAAAACAACACCCUUUGAAUCCAUAGACUUCACAUUAGACAUUUUUCACUGCUCCUACAGUAAACAGUAAAAACAUUGUUCAAUGUGUAACCUGUGGAUUAUCCAGGGCAAUGUGUCUGGAACAUAAGCUCCUGUGGAAAGCCAUUCUUUGGUCUGUCUAAAAAAGAAAUGUACCAUGGCAUUUAGAAAGUGAGCCUCAGGGGUAUCGGUUAGUCGGCAUUUUACCGUCACUCAGAGCCGGCGUACACGUUUCCGCCUACUUUCAGGCGUCAAGCGUCUCGUCAAACUCCCUGCAAGAACAUGUUUCCAAAAUUGUUAAACUAUUCCUUUAACCUGAAUUUUGAAACUUUCCAGAUUGGAUUUUUCAUUUUUUUAUUUAUUGGAUCAACUUCUUCACCAGACCCAAAGGUAUCUGUUGUUUUUGAAAUCUUGCUCCAUUAAUCUCCGAUUUGCAUGCACGCUCCUUCACGGUUGACGCCCUAGUUGACAAGGGAACCCACCCUGAGAAUAAAUUCUUUUACAACUGGAAACCGUCCAGUUGGUUUGUCCAAACCUUUUGAGUCAACCCGUGUUUAAUGAAAUGCAGUCCUUUCUUAAUGUUUCUUAAAGAACUCCACCACGUGCCGAUGAAUCACACUGUACUGCCACUGGAAGUCCUCCCUCAUUGCAGGGACAGCAUCUAGUAAGUAGCCACUGGGCAGAAUAUAUUUUGAGUAUAUAAAGACCAAAAAGACCAUUCAAGGAAAACGAGUGGGAGCAGUUUGCAUUUUCUUAUAACUCUUUAAAACAUGAAUUAGAUAAUUGAUCCUGUUAAAAUGAAUAAUACUUUGUGCCAAUGGGUCAGAUUAAAAGGAGCUGUAUACCAAAGAAAGCAGUGCAAAGAACCUACCCAUGAACGUCCAACUAAAUAUCCAGGCAGAUUAGCAUUUAUGCUGGCAUUAACUUUGACCC